AUGGACCCCUUUGAAGUCCGCAUACAAUUCCUAUCCCUGCUACGAAAGCUUAACGCCUCACAGCAAUCCAUCCAGAAAAUAGUGGGAUAUGCGCUGAAGUUCUUUUCUGGAUGCGGUGAAGACUUGUGGGACUGCUUAGUUGAGGAGUGCCAGAAGGGCUCGAUAAACAACCGCAUUAACAUCCUGUACCUCCUUGACAGCCUUUGCGAGGCAUCGCUGAUCGCAAAAUCCCACUCGGGUGCCUUGAGCCAUGAUGGGGGUCAAAACUCGUUUUACGUUGACUAUGUGGCGCGCGACCUGAGCAAGGUUGUUGAGUCGGUAGUACCAGAAGGGCGACAGGGGCUUCCAAAUCUCAUGAGCACGAAACAGAUCCUCGAGAGCUGGCGCAGCAAACGCGUCAUCGACCCGCAAAAGGUCGAUGAUGUCCUCGCAUGCCUCGACGCACGGCAGACCUCCCUCGAACAAGCAGGCGACGCGCCAUCAGCCCGUCCAGCGACGGCGCUCCCUCGCGCCGAGGUCUUCAAACGCAUCGAGGAGGACCGCGAGCGGCACAAGCGCCUGCGCGAGCGGCGGUGGGUGCAGCCGGUGUCGCACGCCGUGACGACGCACCUGCCGCCGCCGCUCGCCGCGUUCCUCCCGCUUGCGGGCGAGGACAACGGGGGCGACAGCGCGGGGGAUCUGCCGCUGGAUAUUGAGUUCGAGAACGACUGGGAGACGACGAGCGAUUGGAACGAGGACGACGACGAUGCGGCGAUGGAGGAGAACCAGCUGUGUUUCCCAUCGCAUGAUGGCGAGCAGGCGAUGGACUUGUCAUAG